AUGUUCAUUCCUUACCGCGGACCUUCAAAGCAGAAAGACGCCAACACUCGACGAGCAAUCAAUGCGUUCGUGGCAACAGAGGCAAGCACAAGACGGCGCAAGCGAAGGGGAGGAGAGGUCGAGCAAAGAGCGAGGCAGGGGACUCUGCGGUGGCUCCAGAUUCCGGAUCGUCCGGAUUCAAAUGAGUCAACAUUUGACGGAAGGCACCUGCCUCCAGAAGAUGAUGGUCAGGCACAAAAGAAGCCUUCGACAAAAGCGCUGGUUGUUCCCGCACCUAUCGGGGCUGGGAGGUUCUACCCAUUCGGCGAAUUGGCCUCGAGAGGUCCGUUGACUGCGCGCGCCCUCAGCUAUUAUUUUGACAUCCUUCUCCCUCACGACGCAAAGGCUCUAGGACUGGGAGAAGUGGGCACGAGAUCAUUCGGCCGCGGACUUCUCUCGUGGGCCUCAAUCCACGAUCUGAUCCUGCAUGGAUUGGCAGCAUUUACCCUGUGUAGUCUGGAAUGCCAGGAUGUUACCGGCAACACCAGUCGUGCCAUCAUGUUCCAUCGGAAUAAGGUCCUGCUGGAUCUGCACAGCCGCCUGUCCCGGCAGCAAGUGGACGACGUCUUGAUACAGGGGAUGGCUCUCUUGAUCCCGGUGGACGACUAUCUAGGCCAUUAUGAAUUUGGACCUGUACAUCUGAAUGGGAUGCGAGAGGUGGUCAAGCUUCGAGGAGGGUUCGAUGCCGUUGGAAGCUCCGAUGAGAAUGCUUUUGGGAGGAACCUCCGCAUGAGUCUGCUUGUUACUCAGAGCAUGGUCGAGUUUCACGUCCAGACAACAAUCACACAUGGCCAAGCUUCGCUUGCAACUAGGGAGCUGCCUUAUCGUCUCCCGGUGUGGGAGGAGACAGGCCUGGAUCUACCUUCGGGCUUUCGCGACCUGGCCUGUUACGGCUAUCUGUCAGCAGAGGCGAUUUGGAAGGUCAGGGAUUUUUCGCACUGGCUCACAAGAAGUAAGGAAAGCGAGCCCACAACGCGACAAACAUGGCGUUGCUCCAUGUCCAGAAACUUAAAUAACCUUGAGAAGUGCAUCUGUGUCACCCUGGUGUGUCUCGCCGACGACCUCAGCGCUAUGGGGACUCAUCCGGCAGCGUUGAUCUUUCGUAAGCCUCAGCGACGUGCUGAGGUACUGGAAGCCGUUGCUGAGGUGUGGAACGAUCCUCUGUUGAUGGAGUGUGUGAUAUGGAUGUGUACUGUUGUUGCGACACCACGGAACAGGCAGAUCAUCUCCCGAGAAAAGCAGUGGCAACUGCUGAGGAGGUCAAUUCUGCAAAGAUACUCGGCGAGUAACUGGAACGACAUACGGCAAAUUUUGCAGCGGUUUUUCUAUGACCCGUCUCGUGAGAACGAUUGGGAAGAGGCCUGGAAUAUUGCGCUGGCUGGACCUUCUGGCAUGGGGACGAAGGACGCGCAAGGAAGGAGAUAA